AUGCCCGAAAACCUCACACUGCCGUCAACCCUAAAACCUUACCACGGAAUAGGAGAUCCGAAUGUCCAUGUAACCAAAUUCUAUACUAUGAUGUUUAUAAAUAAAGAAUCUGACCCUAUCAUGUGCCGAACCUUCCCGACUUUCUUAGACGGAGCCGCACUCAUCUGGUUUUCCAACUUACCCGAAGGCUCCAUCUCAAGUUUUGACGAGUUGGCCGACCAGUUCCUCAACCACUUCGCUGCCUCAAAAAUCUAUGUCCAUAACUCAGACUACCUGAGCACAAUCAAACAGGGACCAAACGAAAGUCUGAAAGACUACAUGACCAGAUUCACAGAAGCAACUAAUGAGAUACCCAACCUGAACCCCGAAGUCCAUCUCCACGCCCUGAAAAGUGGCCUCCGCCCUGGGAAAUUCCAAGAGUCCAUUGUCAUAGCAAAACCUAAUACCCUGGCCGAGUUCCGAGAAAAGGCAAUAACCCAAAUCGAGGUAGAAGAAUUCCGAGCACUUAGGAGGGCAGAAAAACCCACACAAAACAGAGAGGAAGACAGACGAAGCAGACGUCCAACCAGCGGGACAGACCAAAGGCCAUUCAGACUGACACCCAAGUUCGACACAUACAUUCCCUUUAACACAAAAAGAGGGGACAUAGUGAAAGAUAUACUACACUCCAAGCUCAUCAAACCACCGAGCAGAGCCGGCACCUACCAAGAGCAGAGACACGUGGACAAAUCCAAAUACUGUACUUUCCAUCAAAAGUACGGCCAUACGACGGACGAUUGUGUGAUAGCAAAGGACGUGCUCGAAAAAUUAGCACGCCAGGGACUGCUGGACAAAUACAUCGACACACGAAGUCAAAGGAAAAACACUGAAGGCAUCGACCACCAACAAAAAACAAUCGACAACCCCCGAGACAAGGGGCGAAAGGUAGAAAAUGAUAACAACCCACCCCGCCGAAUAAUAAAUUGUAUCUCCGGUGGUUUUGCAGGUGGAGGAUGCACGAGCUCGGCACGAAAGAGGUCAUACCGAGCCAUGAUGACUAUGACAGAAUCAGCAAUACCUCGGCCGAACAACUCGGACAAACCUGGAAUAUCAUUCAACUCCGAUGAUUACAAGGCCGCUGACCGAAACCUAGACGACCCUGUGGUCAUUACUGCACAAGUCGGAGAGCCCUUAGUCAAAAAGAUCCUCAUGGACCAGGGAGCAGUGCCAAUGUAUUAUUCUACUCAACGUUCCAGAAAAUGA